AUGUGGCAAGUCAAUUUAAGGAAGAUUAUGGAAUAUUUCGGGAGUGAAAAUUUCACAAUCCUCACGCGCCUCGUGGCACAUCAAUAUAUGGCUAUUUACACCGAGCUAUUGACUCAUGUGCUAUAUUUGACAGUUACAUGGAUCGAACAUGUUCAGGUCUAUGAUAAAUUCUUAAUUCAUCGUCUCUAUAGAGACCUAAUAUGUAGCUGUCAGGCAUAUGGAGCCAAGAGGUGGAUUGCUAGUUUACAAUGGAUGUGCGAGAGAUUCGCAUUCUCAAUGGAGCUAACUAAUAUACCUAGACAUGAACUUGAAGAAGUGGCUUACUCAGUCGAAGGCCAGAGAAAUUUAAUGAAACUUUCUCACAGAAUGAUCAAGGAUUUUUUUGAAAUGUUGAGCAUGUCGAACAAUCUAGCUUUUUCCCACGUUUCAGAAUUGAAUAAUAGUGGAGUUCGGGUCUCGCUUAGACAAAGCAAUGGCCUAGGCCAACCAAAAGGCUUGAUCGUCAGUGCAGCCACCUCUCUAUGGCUUCCCCUUUCACCAGAGAAUCUCUUUAACUUCUUCAAAGAUGAUAAAAAGAGAGCUGAGUGGGAUGUUUUAUCCAAUGGAAGUCCUGUUAAUGAGGUUGCACACAUCUCGACUGGAACACAUUCUGGAAAUUGUCUCUCUGUCAUCAAGGUUACUUCCUUUCUACUUCACUAUAUAUGGCGCUAUAAAGCAUUUUAA